AUGGCCGGGAAAACAGGGACUACGGAGAGGACGCCACUGAUAUCGACGCCCUCCUCUUCCGACGCAGCCACGGCAACAUCGGAUGAGGAGGCGAGAGAACUGCUGCGUCGGUCGUCGACGUCGACGUCUCCGGGGGUCGCCGAGAAGCUUUCAGCGGUCCGGGGCAGCUUAGUAUGCAUUUCAGUCUGGGUCUUGAUCUUCAUCCUGACCAGCAAUGUGUCCCUCAUCACCACGAUUCAGUCGCCCAUUGCGAUCGAUCUCGAUGCGUCGACCGAGGUGACCUGGUUUACCUCGAUCUAUCUCAUCGCCGUCACCAGCAUCACCCCGAUCGCGGGUCGGAUCAUGGCCAUCUUCACCCCGCGAGUCUAUCUCCUCGCCUCCAUCGUCGUGCAGGCAUGUGGCCUGCUGAUCACGUCUCAGGCCAGAUCGCUCGCGGUGUUCCUGGUCGGUCGGGCCGUGGCGGGUGUCGGAAGUGCCUCUAUCACCCCGGUGGCCUUCAUCCUGGUGACGGAGCUGACUAGUGUGCGACGAAGAGGGCUUUUCUUUGGAUGUAUCAACACGGGAUAUACCGUCGGCGUGGCAUGUGGUGCCAUCGUCGCCGGCGCUCUCGAACCACUGGUCGGAUGGCGAGCUGUCUUCUGGCUCCAGAUCCCCUUCUCCUUGUCGGUCGCAACCCUGGCCUUCUUUGCCAUCCCUCGGCCUCGGGAUCGGACCAAGACGUCUCCUGGCCCGGCUGACCAGACAUCGCUUGCCCAGAAGCUGUCACAGAUUGAUUACUUGGGGAUCAUCACGCUGAUUGCAGCCGUGGUUCUUCUGCUCUACAGCUUAUCCUCGCCGGAAAUCAAGGUCACCCCCAUCAUCCUAUCGGUGACGUCUCUCAUCUUGUUCGUCCUAGUCGAAGCCAAGUGGGCGCAGGAGCCCAUUGUGCCGACCGCGGUGCUGCGAUCCCGAGGCAAUCUCCUCUCCGGCAUUGCCACCGUCGGGGUCAUGAUGGCCCGCUGGGGCGUGCUGUUCUACACCCCGACCUAUGUGCUCACACUGCGAGGCUGGUCCCAAGCCAGCGCGGGACUCACACUGAUCCCCACGAACCUGGGGUUUGGGAUCGGUGGCUUGUUGGCCGGGUGGCUACACAUCCGGCGGUCCAUGUCAUUCUACAUUUCGUGUCUGGUGGCGUUCGGCCUGUUCAGCCUGUCCAUGUUUACGGUUUCGUGGAUCUCGACGCCCGACUCCAACAUCUACGUCGACCUCGUGGUCUUGUUUUUCAACGGAUUCAUUGCCGGCGCGCUGCUGAACUAUUCCCUGGCGCACGUGCUACAUCUGACCCAUCCGGCCACGCACAUCAUCGUCAUCCCGUUGAAUGCCAUGUUCCGCAGUCUCUCGGGAUCCUUUGGCUCGUCCAUCUCGGGCGGCUUGUUCCUCCGUACCCUGCAGCAAUCGCUGCAAGACGGAUUCGACGCCCGUGGCAUCACCGGCAAAGCCCGGCUCAUCCGGCAGCUGCUCGGCACGCCCAUCCUUGUCCAGAGACUCCAGGGCGUGGAUAGAGAGGUCGCCAUGCUCGGUUAUGAGACCGCCUUCAAGAAAAUGUACCUGGCCGGCGGCUUUCUGGCUGUCGCCGUCCUCCUGGUCCAGGCCGGCACCGGGUGGACAGCCCCCGACAUUCUCAAGGAAGAAGAGGGCGGCUCUGCUUCUGCUGGAUCUGUUCGUGACCACGACGGUGUCGUCUCGCCCACACUCUCGAGGGAGACAGAGAUAAGCUGA